AUGUGGAGCCACAGGGACCCGGCCUUACGCCGUAGUGGCGCCGGAAAUGUCUAUGUUAAGAACCUUGAUAGAAACAUCGACAACAAGGCUCUUUACGACACCUUCUCCCUAUUCGGCAACAUUCUCUCCUGCAAGGUCGCUUUGACCCCCGAUGGGAAGUCCAGGGGCUUUGGUUUUGUCCACUUUGAAUCGGACGAGUCCGCAGAGGCCGCGAUCGCUAAGCUGAACGGAAUGCAAAUUGGGGAGAAGACUGUCUACGUGGCUCCAUUCAAGAAGACGGCUGAAAGGAACGAUGGAACUCCGAAAAACUUCACGAACGUUUAUAUUAAGCAUAUUCCGGCCUCCUGGAACGAGGAGAAGAUCAAGGAGGAGUUUGGGGCCUUUGGGGAAAUCACCAGCCUGGCUGUGCAGACGGACCCUAAGGGGAGGAGGUUCGCCUUCGUUAAUUAUGCUGAAUUUGAACAGGCCAGGGCGGCGGUGGAGGAGAUGGACGGCAAGGAUGUUAGAAAUGAGGAAGAGAAGGCCGCUGAUAGAGCGCAGAGGGAACGUGAACGUGAGGAGAGAAAGGCAGCUCGUGAAGCUGCGAAGGCCGAAGGGAGAGAGGACGGUGAUGAUGUUGAAUCUGAUGAUGACGAUGAGGAGCCCGAGACCUCCCAUUUGUACGUAGCUAGGGCUCAACCCAAGGCUGAAC